AUGCGUCCUCCACAUCUACCUGAUGGAACCAAAUAUGUGAAGCUGAUGUCAUGGAAUGUAAAUGGUCUAAGAGCUUUACUGAAGGUAGAGGGGUUCUCCGUACUGGAGCUUGCAAAGAGGGAGAACUUUGAUGUUUUGUGUUUGCAAGAAACGAAAAUGCAGGCAAGUCUGCAAUUUCAGUUUAAAAAGAAAAUUAUAUCCUUCCCUCAUGACUUUUUUCCACUGUUCUACCUCUUUUGCCAUCUGUUGAGCUGACCUUCUCGGCUAUAUCUGAUAUAUGAAUAGGAGAAGGAUGUUGAGGAGAUUAAGAAACGUCUUAUAGAGGGCUAUGACAACAGCUUCUGGAGAUGCAGUGUAUCGAAACUGGGAUAUUCUGGAACUGCUAUUAUAUCACGGGUAUGCUAUCAUAUUAUGAAUUAAUUAUCGAAUUAUCAUUGAAAUGUCAUCUUGAAAUGUAUUUUUCUGGGGAAUUUCUUGUUGUCUAAAUUGGUAAAAUCCGUAGUACCUGGUGAAAAAUCAUAUUUUGUUCUUACUGGAUGGAUUACUUGAGGAUAUUCAAUUAUUGAUUGUGGGAAAGAUUUGCCUUUUACAGUACGCCACUAGUUUCAGUUGAUCCGAAGUGAUAAAAAGUGGCAAUUCACAACUUGAAUAUCUACAAUCAUUACUGGUCCCAAAAUAGUUAAGACUCGUGCAUAUGCAUGACAUAAUCUGUGUAUCACUAUUAACAGUCCAAAUGAUUACAACUCAUAAAUACACUGGGAAAUCUAUUUCGUUGUGUGGUCUUUUUUAUCAAUGAUGAUGGAAUGCAGAGGGAUUUCUGCCCCUAUGUUUGGGAUUUGCCAUAAGGUGAUGCAGAAAAAAGUCUAUUAUGGUGUCAGAUGCUUGUGGAAGGUAGAAGAUACAAGAAAUCAGCGUUUACAAUUUUGAGCCUCGCAUGAAACAGAUGCUGAAAAUUCUAAACCUUCUUGCUAUUGGAUUCUGUGGUGUUCACCACGGAUGCAAUCAUAACAAAGUGCUCUGGUUCCACCAGGGACUAUGGGAUAAGGAGAACUCAGAGAUCAGAGAAGCUGUGGAUUCUGUGCUGAAGAACUAGGGCCAUUGCAUAGUGAUAAGGGAUUGUGAAGGUGGGCCAUCAUGGACAAAAUAGAGGUUACUCCCUUCCCAAGAAACCAUCAGCUUCGUAUUUCAAGUUCCUGUUCUUGUUGGGAACGGAAGAUAAAAUUGUGUGGCUCACCGUGAUUAUUGGAUAUCCUACUGUGCUGGAAUGAUUUAGUCCCCUGGAAACCUCAUUAAUUCAAUUGGGUUGUGUCUCUGGUGGUAGACUGUGAAGAUAAAGGAGAGUGCCGCAAAUGAGGACAGAAUCUGGCCAGUGGUAUCUCAGAGUUUGAGUAACGGUAUGGAGGAGACUAGUGAUAGAUAUAGUGAGUGCAGAAGUUGUGGAGAUGAGCAGCAGUUAACAUCUUGUUGCAUGCAACAUGUAAAUGAGAUAAAGGAAAGGAUUAGUCAGAAUGGUGCCAAGGAGGUUGUGUAGGAGGUUCGUGGGGAGUUGUUAUUGGGGGAACCCGCUAAGUAAUUUUGACAGUGUAAAACAUGCUGGUGAUGGGAGUGGAGGACUCUCCAUUGUGAAUAAGGCUGUAGGGUGCGCAAUUCAAACCUCAUUGGUAAAUAUCACGUGAAUCGGAUGGCUUUUCCUCAUGAUUUCGUUGUUUUAGCUGGGCUAAAAUCAAAGAUAGUCUCUAGCAAUAAAAGAGUUAUGAAGUGAUCAGGGUCAUUUUUGGAGGCCAUUUUUUGGUCCAUCUUCUGGAGGACUGGAGCAUAUUUUGUAGAUUCAACUGGUCAAAUUUCCGAAUGGAUUUUAUUGGCAAAUUGUUCUGAUGUAAAAUGCUGAUGAAAUUCUGUGACCUUCACUCUGUUACAGUGUAUGAGCCUAAUAUUUGGCACCAUGACACGUCUUUAAUUUAAGUGCGAGAGCAGAGUUCAAUUUAUUUGAGAAUCCAAGUUACCUGUUCUGGAUUCUAAAAUAAAGUAGACGAACUGUUCAGUUCCUUCUAGAUCCAGCGAAAAACUGAUACAUUUGAACCGCUGGCAAGCAUUUAUUUUCAACGUGUAUCAGCAGCUUAUCGCUUACCAGAGUGUUACUUACCUUAAUCUUCCUGAUUGUUGCUCUUUGAAGAAGGGUUACGAUAAGAAUAGAUCAAAUUUUCAUGGUCUGGUUUCAUGAAAUCUUCUAUUCCUACAACAGCCCUGCUUCUGAAGUAUGCAUUUCACUUUUCGUCAAGUUUCAUAAAUUUCUUGGCCUAUGAUCCUCAUUGGGGCUUGCUUGACUGUAAGUAUAUGUUAACUGCUGUCUUUAGAUAAGAUGAAUUAUCCGAAGGAGAUCACUUAGCCAUAGCAAGAUGCUGAAAAAGUUAUAAUUUCUUGACCUAACCUUUAUUUGUGUCGGAAGUAUUUAUUGGCUGAUGUCAAAUAUUGUUGCUCGCGGAAGUGGGGAGCACUUAUAUUCCUUUGACUUCUGUUAUAGUAAUUUGAAUCAGUUGUAAAGCCUCAAUAUAUGAAAGUUAACAAAAUUCACGUUAUAACCUUUCGUCAUUGUCCAUCCUUGUACUGAUCUUGACGAGGUUUUACAGAUAAAGCCAAUCUCUGUGAGUUAUGGACUUGGCAUUCAAGACCAUGAUAGUGAAGGGCGACUUGUGACAGUGGAGUUCGAUAAGUUUUACGUUUUGUGUGGAUAUGUACCUAACUCCGGAGAUGGGCUGAAACGAUUGGUGAGUUUUCCCCCUCGUUUCAUCUGGUUUAUUCCUCUCAUCUACUAUUUCUGCCUUCUACAAGUUACGAUGUCAAAAUACGCUUGGCUAAUGAAAAGCUUUUUGGUGUUAGACUUACAGGAUUACACAGUGGGAUCCCUCACUUAGCAGCUACAUGAAAGUGAGUGAACACUCAAAACUUUGCCUAAUAAUAUGGAAAUUGAUCAUUUCAUUUCUCUUAUAAUCGGAACUCUUAGGUAUGAUGUGGUUCCUUCUGGGAUUGAUUGUAGAUGGACAUUUCUGACCGAUUUCUUGUGAAUAAACAUGAACAGAAUCACUGUUAGACACGUGUGUAUGAAAAUUAGCAAGUGUGAAAUUCUGAAAGGAUACUUGCCCCGUCUGAAAUAUUGCUGUUAAUGCUUGAAAACAUUGACAUUCAAUGGUGUGCACCUCUUUGGAAUCCUAAUGUUUGCUACAAAGAAGCACUGCCUUGGUGUGAACCAUGUGCAACUGUUAUGCACCUUCUAUUGAGUUAUUGAGCAAUUUCUGAGGAAAAAUUUAUUAGUGCAUGCCAGAUGUUAGGUGCUGCUAGAAGGUCUAAAUUUAUUCAGUGUCAUCUGAUUCUAACAACCAUUUCUAUUACAGGACUUGGAGAAGUCCAAACCUGUCAUACUGACUGGCGAUCUAAACUGUGCUUAUGAAGAGAUUGACAUCUAUAACCCAGCUGUAAGAUAACUCACAAUUUGCUUGUGUUCUCAUCACUUUUUGUUUACAUAGUAAUCAGACUUCUUGGGUAACAUUUCGAGAUCAUGUUGAAUAUAUGCCGUCUUAAUUAUUUUUGUGCAUAAAAAUUCAAAAGUAUUUACUAUUGCUUCAUCUGCAUCAUUGGUAAUGUGAAUGAAAAAUGAUUUAUGUUGUGCAUACAGUUGGCUCUAUGUUAAUUUUUUCUAUUAUGGGCUGUGGUCGACAAUGUAAAAUUACGUUUGAAGGAAUGCUUUCUUCUGGGUCAUUGAAUACAUCUGCGUUGAAUGGUGAAUUAGAACCAUAAGUGACGUUGAUAAAUGAGACCAACCAAGUAUAUCCAGGGGAAAAUCGUAGCUUCCAAUAUUUUCUUUAAUUUUUUUUUCUGGUCAGAAAUUUGUGGCUGGUUCAUAAUCAAAUGAUUCUGGCUACAACUCGACCAUACUGAUUUCUCUCAUAGCUAUCCAACUCAGAAAAUUACUAAACCUUUUACAGUUCCUUGCCGGAGCCUUUAUUACUACAUGGCUUCUCAAGUUUCCGAAGUCUGUUUGUUAAUAAUAUAAAAAAGUCUUGUACAGAAAAAAUAUAAUGGAAGAAAAUAUGACUGCAAUAGAACAUGCUAUUUUGAUUUUCUUUGGAUGUUUCUGUGGACGUCCAAAACAAAGGAUCUUUUCAACGUCCUCUGGAUUUUUCAUCAUUUGUAUAUAUAUAUUCGGAGAUCAAAAUAUUUACCUAGUGACAAUAGUUAACGUUAAGGCUCAUUAUUCUCUCCCUUGAUUUUUCUUCAUUUCCUAUUCUGUGUCCUAUUUUAUGUCAUUUUCCUCAUUCAGCUUCCAUCCUAUAGUUAUCAUUAUCUUCAUGGGCUCACUGGCUCCUAUAUUUUCGAAGCUAUUGGGUCUUCUGAAUCUAAUGCAGAAAAAUGGUAGGCAAUCAUCGUUUUCACUGUGUAGUUUUUAUUUCUUCAUUGCCUUUGAUAUCCUCCCCUCUCCACAUUCAAUGUAGAAAAGGGGAAUGGACAGAUCUUCCUUAUUUGAGCUUUAUAGCAUCACUACCGUGUGUAGCUUCUACGACUUAGUCGCCACCUUUAUUUCUGCUUCUUUGCUCAUUUGUUCACCACUCUUUCCUCCAUUUAUGUCGUUUGCUCUCUCUCAUUAAUUUCUAAAUGAUGCCAUGAAAUCGUUCUCGAGUUGGCCUCGAAAUCCUCUUUGCUCUAAUGCAAAACGUGGGAUUUUUUCAUCAUUACUUCUUUCUUUUCUUGUUUCUCUGUACCCAUAUAUUUGGAAAAUAUCCAUUGCAUCUUUCUGAAGUUUCAUGAUGGCAGCAUUAGAUGAGACUGAUUGUCAUUAGCACGGCUAGCUCUGCAUUUGAUGAGGCUUAUUGUUAUCUGUUACACAUUUUGGAAGUUAAAUCAUCACAAGGUUUUCUCAACGUUUGAUGAAGCCACUUGUCUAAACAAGUUGUGGUCUGAUGCAACUACUUUAAACCUUUUUUUUCCUUUCAAACUCUUGCCAUUAUAUUCCCAUGAGUAUGAGGAGCAUUGCAUCAGUCACAUUCGCUUAAAGUAUUAUGUUUUUAAAACUUUAGUAUUUAAUUUACCAUGAACUUGAGGGAAGUGGGGGUGAUAAAAUUGGUUAUCCUCUCCUUCAAUGCUGUCAUUUUCCUCGUUUGUCUUCUCUCACUUACCCUUGCCUUCCAAGUUCUAUUGUAAUACUUAAGUGGUUAUUCUUGUAUUCUUCUUCACAGAUAUUUAGUCAUUUAAUCAUAACGAGUUGGAACACUGAGGAAUGCAGUAUCUUGUAGAAAAAACAGUUGCUAUGUCUAGCAAACAUUUUGUCUUUUGGAAUUUACAGGGAAACCGAAGAAGUGCAGGUUUUACUAUUGAAGAGAGGGAAUCCUUUCAGAAGAACUUCUUGUCGAGAGGUUUUGUGGAUACCUUCAGAAGCCAGCACCCUGGUGUUGUUGGUUAUACGUAUUGGGGUUAUAGGCAUGGAGGACGAAAGACAAAUAAAGGUAUUCCAUUAUACGAUUUCCUUAGAUUCUAUUUCCUUCAAUGACUAAGAAAUCAAGAUCAGGAGACUCUGGCGCAUGUCCUGUCAAACCAGUGUCAUAUUUUCAAGCAACAGUUAUGGACUAAAGCCCAAUGCGAAGUCGCAAGUGUUACCUAGUUCUUUGACAGUUCUGAUACCUGAUGGGCAAAAGGAUCUCCUUAGACAUGUAGAUAAGGUGUUAGAAAGGAUGAUUAGUCAGAACUAAGUUCGCUUGAGUUGCAAUUGAAUCUCAUCUGACUUUACGUGAUUUGACUCGAUUAUUAACGCGUAUCUCCGUUUAAUUAUGAGUAACAAAAGUUGUGUGAAAGAUUGUUCAUAUUUACGUGAAAUUUUAAAUCUUUCUGUGAUUCUUGCUCGAGUUUCCCCAAACCUGAAACUUAAACGAAUUCUAUGCUACAGAUAACCAUCAAUGAUGCUUCUGUGGUUUCAACAAUAGUUUUAUUUCAACUUAUUGCUUUGUGAUCUGCAUCAGAUCUAAAAGUGGUCUUUAAGCAUUAGGGUUGUGUUUGCUAAAUUUAAACUUGAGCUCUCCAUUAUUAUUCGUUUACUUGCCAUUAGUGUUGUAGUUUAAUCCCUGUUCAAUAGAAACAUUUAUCGUGAAUUCUCGUAUAAAAUUGAUUCUUAGAUGAAGAAUGCUAAAGGUUAUUGGGCGUGGUAGCUGCUGAUUUCAAUUAAUUUAAGAUCAGCUCUAAAAACUUCCUAAACUUUGUUUAGGUAAAUUGCUUUUGGAAGAUCUUAGCACACCUAUCAUGCUCAUAACACUGUAGUGUGCGAAAUGAUUGACAAACAAUGUGGAAGUUUAUCAGCAUUACUGAUCAAUUGCAAAUUAUUCCCGUUUUGACGUAGAACAAGGGAGGUUACCAGAUUCUAGGCCUGCUUCAACGUUUAUUUCUUUUUCCCCUGAAAUUUUAUAUUUUUCCUUGAAACUGUCUCUUUAAUGACAGAUACUUGAGCUCCCUCGAGUUAUGAGAGCUAGACUCCAACACGGAUAAGAAAUAUUUUGGAUGGAACUGUAAAUCAGCUUGACGAACUGUCAGAAUGGUUCUCGUGUUUAGGAUAGGUUUGGUGGGUUAAAGUGAGCUUUCAGAUUUUAAUUAUUUUUUUAGUAUUAAUCGAUGGUCAGAUAAUGGGAAUCUGUUCCAUACUGCCUUUCUCUGCUUCACAGACUCAACUAGCACUCUUAUGGUACCCGUUCUGGUGAAUCAAUGGAUGUAGUUUUGCGUAAAAUAUGCAGUUAGACAUUAAAUAUGAAAUAUGAGAGGGUAAUGGUGAAAUAGGAGGUUCUGUAUGAUAUGCCCAAGAUGGUCACAUUUCCUGGAUAAGCCUGAAAGUUCAGGUGUUGUCCUACAAUCAAGAGUGUUGAAUUUUUUCUCUUCUUUCCUUGUUUCAAGCCAUUGAAUGUGUUGACAAAAACUUUGAUCCGGGUGAAUCACCGAUGUUCCUGUUGUUUUUUUACAGAACCUCCAUUGUUUUUCGUCAUUCCUCUUCACAGUGACAUACAUUUGAAGUAAUUCAAAUUUUAAAUUUCUGAUGCACUUUGCUUCAGAUUAAAGUUCAGAUUUACCUAUGGAAACAUAUCUAGGCGCCAUGAAAAGAAACCACAAAGAAAAUUCUACCCAUGAUCUUACACGCAGAUAAUACAUUUUAAAUUAGUAGACCCUGAUAUUACGUUAGUUUUGAUUUCGGGUAAUAAAAACAAUUUGCAAGUAGAAACAGCAAAUCGUUAGAAGAAGACAGAAUGGUCGUACCUUGAUGUUCCUGUAAUGGUAAUGCUGAAUUGAGCUUUGUAUACAAACACCUUGGACAACUUCAUCUGCCUUUGUUCUUGACAGGGUGGAGGCUUGACUACUUCCUUGUUUCGGAAUCUAUAGCCGGCAAGGUUCAUGACUCCUACAUCCUCCCAGAUGUCGUCGGCAGUGAUCACUGCCCCAUAGGCCUCAUUUUGAAGCUUUAG